GGCGGCGGGAGCAUUCGAGCACUACGCUGCCACCGGACACGACAGCAGCCAGUCCGCCUCGCGACACCGGCGACGAGCGGCGAGCGAGCGAGCGCGGCCGCACAUACACGCGCUAGCUCCCAUGCGACUCUCGCACGCGUCAUGAGCGGCGCCCGCCCCCGCUCCGCGCCGCUUCUGCUGGCGCUCGCGGCCGCCUUCCUACCGCAAGCCAACCAUGUCGCGGGCGCCGGUGGGGGAGGGAUGUUCGGUGAUGUCAAUAUAUCAGCCAUUUUGGAUUCAUUUAGUAUAAGUUACGACAAAAGAGUAAGACCAAACUAUGGAGGUCCGCCAGUGGAGGUGGGCGUCACCAUGUAUGUGCUCUCUAUCAGCUCCGUCUCCGAAGUGCUCAUGGAUUUCACAUUGGAUUUUUACUUCAGACAAUUUUGGACCGACCCCCGAUUAGCUUACAAAAAAAGAACAGGAGUUGAGACAUUAUCUGUGGGCUCGGAGUUCAUAAAGAAUAUAUGGGUGCCAGACACGUUUUUUGUAAACGAAAAGCAAUCUUAUUUCCAUAUAGCAACAACAAGCAACGAAUUCAUACGUAUUCAUUACUCUGGCUCUAUAACUAGAAGUAUCAGGUUGACGAUUACAGCUUCGUGUCCUAUGAAUCUGCAAUACUUCCCAAUGGAUCGGCAGUUGUGUCACAUUGAGAUCGAAAGUUUCGGGUACACAAUGAGAGACAUUCGGUACCUUUGGAAAGAUGGGGUGAACAGCGUCGGUAUGAGCAACGAGGUGCAGCUGCCGCAGUUCCGGGUGCUCGGCCACCGGCAGCGCGCCACUGUUGUUACAUUGACGACAGGAAAUUACUCAAGAUUGGCAUGUGAAAUUCAAUUUGUUCGAUCAAUGGGAUAUUACCUGAUUCAAAUUUAUAUUCCGUCUGGUUUGAUUGUCAUCAUAUCAUGGGUAUCAUUUUGGUUGAACCGGAACGCCACACCGGCCCGAGUAGCUCUAGGUGUUACCACUGUGUUGACGAUGACAACGCUCAUGUCGUCGACGAAUGCGGCUUUACCUAAGAUAUCGUACGUCAAGUCCAUCGACGUUUAUUUGGGAACCUGUUUCGUGAUGGUCUUCGCUAGCUUGCUAGAAUAUGCUACUGUGGGAUAUAUGGCCAAAAGAAUACAGAUGAGAAAACAAAGAUUUGUAGCUAUUCAGAAAAUCGCCUCUGAGAAAAAGAUGCCGGUUGAUUGUCCCCCUGUUGGCGACCCACACACGCUGUCUAAAAUGGGGACCCUCAGCCGGUGCCCACCUGGAAGACCAUCGGAGGUGCGUUUUAAAGUACACGACCCCAAAGCUCAUUCCAAAGGCGGUACUCUAGAGAAUACCAUCAAUGGUGGCCGCAGUGGAGCUGAAGAAGAAAACCCAGGACCUCCUCCGCAUAUCCUACAUCCUGGCAAGGACAUAAGCAAAUUGCUCGGCAUGACUCCUUCGGACAUCGACAAGUACUCUCGCAUAGUGUUCCCCGUCUGCUUCGUAUGUUUUAACCUCAUGUACUGGAUCAUAUACCUUCACGUAUCCGACGUCGUGGCUGACGAUCUGGUUCUACUGGAAGAGGAUAAAUAGAGGGCGCUGUACAUAAUCCACUUAUUUUCUCACAUUAGCGUAUUCAAUAAUAAUUUGAAACAAUUUAUUAAAUACACAUAUUAUUCCCCUCUUUAGUAAAGGAAAAACAUAAUUGUAUUUAGAUUUCAGCGUAACGAAACAAUCUCGUCGUUUUUCGAAAUUAAUUUGUAGAUAAUCUAUACAUAAUGUACUAAAUGUAACGUGAUAAAUGUUGUAAAUACGUAAGACUCGGAAAUAUGAAUUACGAACGAUUUAGCAUAAGAUCUACAUAUUUUUCUUGGAGUCUAAGGUAGAAUCCAAACGACUGAAGUUUUGUGUCAUUUAGAUGUCAUGUGUAACGACGUGAUCUACUCUUGGGUUGAUAAUGGAAACCAGGUCUAGAAAAUAGGAUUUACUGCUUUACUUUAUGUCUGGCCGUAGUUUAAAAUUAAAUUGAAUUAGUUUUGUAUUUGUAAAUAUUAGGCUCGUUUACUGCACGAAGUUGGUUACAAAUGUAUGUGCAGCUUAUGGGAUUGAGAAAUAUAUGAAUUUAUGAUUUACAUAUAAACGAAUAAAUGGACUAGAACGUUAUUCCUCAUGUAGGUAGACAGAUGUUCCUAAAUUUGACAAGCGGGGAAUAGUAUUUUGCUAACCAAAGUUUCAUUAUGGUUUCAAAUUAUUAUUAUUAAGUGGUAAAAUGAGUGGAAUUACGAUAAAUCCGUAGUAAUACGAAUCUGAUGCUCAAAUUUCUCAGCUUGAAUUAUUUAAUUAGUUUUAGUAAAAUUUUGUAAUUAUAACAUAAACUUAGUGAUUCGUUUAUUCUUUGCUGAUAUCGUUGUGAUAAUAUCAUUAGGAAUUUUAUUUUUUAAUUGUAGUUGCAAACCAUUCCAAUGUCCUAAACUAUUUUUGUUUGGAACAGUAGUUUUAUUUUCUAACUUGUAAAUUAUUAAUGAAUGUUUUGAGCAAGUGAUUUUGCUUCACAUCAUUGAAUGCGUGUUGAGUUUUGAUAUUGAUAUUAAUUAAUAUUGUUUACUUUAUUAUCUCUGAAUAAUAAAUCAUGAAAUAAAUAAGUCAGAAAUCAGCAGCAUUCAGAACAUUUAGAACAUAUCCUUACGCUAAUCGGAGCAGGUAAAUAUUAGCAAGUUAUCAUAAAUCUGUUUUUAUUUCCAUCAUUAUAUCGGAGCAGAUCAGUUCCAUUAGAGGCAUGCAGUCGCCAAAUGUUAAUCUAAUCUAAACCCAGCAUGUAUGUUCCCACUCUUGUCAUAUUGUACCUUUGCAAUACAUCGACUUUGUCAAAUAAGGCUUCUGGAUUAUUAUUUCAUGUUUUUUGAACUUCGUUACAAUAAUGAUUAGGUAAUUUCUACUCGCAAACAAGUUAUCUAGAAGUAUGCAGACGCUAUAUCACGCGAAUGAUACAUAAAAGACGUUUUGAAAAAAUAUUUUCUGCCUUCAUGCCGCUAUUAUUAGAAUGGCCAGCAGCAGCACACACAUUGUUACACAUCCGUGACACUGCCAGACUAUGGGCCUCUUCUCAAUAAGAGGGGUUGCCAUAAUCUCCAUUCUUGGUAGGCGCGUUUGAGAUCGUAAUUUAAAAGAUUAUUCAAAGAGCGCUGUUGUUGGUCUCUGUUGACACCAACGUGAAGAGUAGUGAUUAAUGUUUUCUAUUCUAUCGUCAGCACACGUCACCGGCAGUCCAUAAACUAUGUAAAAAUAUCUACACAAACCUAAUUUUUUUGUAAAUUCAAGCUUGAUAACGGUUACCUACACACACGUCAUGCAGUGUGAAAUAACACUAAUAUUGUUAAUUGAAGGUUCAUUUUUAAUUGAAGUGAUUAAAGACAAUGUUCAUUAGAAACGUCUUAGGCAAUCGUAUCAAAACCUGAAUGAUGAAUUCGAAUAUUUCAAUCAACGAUAUUGCUGAGGAUUUCUUGUUUGUAGAAUUUUGAGCGACACACCAACCACGCAACUUAUAAAAACAUGUUCAUUAAACUACGAUUUAUUUCUGGAAUAUCAUUCGAGGAACAAUCCUGCAUUAGUUGCCCUACACAUGAUAGAGCCCAUUCAUUUGAUUCUGAUUAAUUAUCAUUAGUACUAAUGAUUUGUAUUUCAUCGUAAACAGUAUGUCCUAGAUAAGUAAAAACAUAGUUUAGUCUUCUAUUUAAAUAGUUUUACCUCUGAGAAUAUUUGCUAUUUCUUAACUAGCCGCACAAUAGUCCAUGCAAUGCUUUCCUAAAUUAGUUCAGUUUAGAUGAAUUAGCUUUUUUUGCUCGCUAGUACUCUACUAAAGCAGUAGUUGAAGCAUAAUUGAGCAUUAGAAACGCGUUGUCAAUAUGGGAAUCUUAUUCGUGGCCUACACUGCUACAGUGGCUGGCGUCGGAUAUCUGUUCCUAUGUUCACAACGUUUGAUGACUGUCCCACCCUCGAAUAUCUGACAAGCAGGGCUCCUGUCUUCAGCUACGACUCGCAAUGGAUUUGUUGUGCGCAACACGUUUAAUGGUUAAGUUCUUGACAUACACAUACACCAUAAAUGGUACGUCAAAAUUGCAAUAACGUAUAUAGAUUUAAAUAAAUCGACUUAUAGGAAUGGACAUUCGAACAUUUAUAGAAAUAAUGGCAAAUGUAAUCGAGUAGAAAAUUGAGAACUACUAUGUAAUUAUUUAAUUAUGAAACAAAAGACAGAAGAUGUACUGCUGAAUAUCUUACAAGACAAUUUAUUUCAUAACACAUGCAGUGUACUCGGCUUCAGCAGUCCACCUUUACCGUUACCUAAUCGCAUUUUGUUCAUAGAGAAUAACAACUAUAUGCAUAAAUUGCACGGCAUAAAGUGCGGUUACUACUAGAGCACGAUAUCCUCAAGCUAAAAAUUUUAUAUUACUUUAAGUUUCGUUUAGUGAUACAUAUUAAAUAUAUGUUAGCGUUCUAAAGGUGUAAUUAGGAAAAAUAAAGUCAUUAUAUAAUAUAGGUAAUGUAUGUAUUCUAAUAAAAGCUUCUUUAAAAAAUGAUUUCAUACCUUCUUCAAUACAAUUUUAUUGCCAAAUACACGUAGAUUCUGUAUAUUCGAACUUAAACUUUCAGGUAAAAGUGUAGAUAAUGCAUUUUCAAUUAAUCCAGAUUGUAGCCAUAAAUUACGUAGACUAUACCUACCUUUUGGAAUGAGCCUGAUUUUAGACAAAAACGCUGUUUAAAAACAAGUUCAUUUUGUAUACUUACUUCCAAAUUUUAGACAAAACGUAGAUUCUGUUUUUUGGAUAUCCCAGAUUUGGGCGUAAAAAGUACCUAAUACUUUUUAGACAUAUUUUAGCUCGUAAUGUAAAUAAUCUUAUUGACACUUUCAUAUAAUAAAUAGCACUCAAAUAUAAGGCACCGUGUAAUCUAUGUAUUCACAUUUUUAUUUUAUUGCAUUUAUAUUAUGACUACGAAAGUCUGUUGUAUUACAUAAUAGAAUAUAAUUAUAAUAUAAUAAGGUAGCAUGCUGGUAGUGGAAAAUAUUGAAAGUAGGGUCUACGAUGUGACGUCGGCUACGUCUCUCCGAAACGAAAUUCUAAAAUAUUUGUCUAGUGACUAGUAAUUAAGUUCAAGACAUUAUAGGUAUAAGAAAUUACUGUAUCUUAGUUGACAUCUUAAUAUAAUUAUAUGUAGUUCCACAAUUUCUUAAAUAAGUCACAUUUAAAACAAAUCACAGUUAGCUGUGACCACAUUUUGCUUCAAAUUCAUGAUUAUUCAAUUCUUUUCAAGAAAGGAUGAAAAGUAUUUUAUUUGUUGAAGAGUUACACUAGGAGUACUAAAUGCCAAAUGUAACGAUACCAAUACAUGCUGAAUAAGUGACACAUUAUCUGAGACAUCAGAUGAUGACUAGUAUAAAUUGACCUGACCUCGAGUAAAGGUUCCUCUAAGGCAAAAUCCGAAUACAGUUGUCUUAUAUAAACAGAUACACCUAAUAUUUUUAUAGAAUACGUAUUAAAUAAAUAAACUAAGAUAACAGUCUUUUCCUAGCAAAUUCUAAAAACUUUCAAUAGUAUUCCUAAACUAUUCUACGUGACAAUUUAUACUAGUCUUUCUCUAACUAUCACUAUCAACGACCUCAAUUCGUUUCUUUAUUUUUCUUUAAUGUGGCUUUAAACUUUCCUUUUUAUUUAAACUAAAGAUGAAAAGACUUGAACACUGUCCUUCAUUUCAACUUCUAAACUCUGAAUUUCCCUCUGGGUAUCUAUAUUGAUACUGCAUUACACUAAAUGAACACGCUUGUUCCACAAUACUACGAUAAAUUAAUUGUAACGUAUUUAAACAAUAACCAAAUUGAACACACCCAAAACUGACAUUACGUGUUUGUAUUUUCGUACUCAAAUUAUACAUUAAGCUCGAGUAAAAAGUAUGAAGCUAAAUAUUAUUAGGAAUGGAUUUUGGAUAUAUUUUAAAUUGUGUAGGUUAGUUUAUAUGUAACUUAGUAUGCCUCCAGGGAAAUUAACAUGAAAACGAAUGCACAAAAUAUCAGUGAAAGUCUUUUUGUCUGUAGAUGUUAUUUUGGGAGUAUAUACUGUUGAGAAUUUAUAGAAAUAGUUAUAUAUAUUGCAGAUGUUUAAGAUAGAGCACCAAGAAUGCCUACAAAGCUGUUACUCACCGUACUGGGCACAUAAUGAUGUAAUAAGAUUACUAUUAUGUCACAAUAACUAGUACCAGUGGGUACAAGAAUUCAAUAUGACUAUAUAAUAUGUGUCCUAUGUAUUUACUUUUUGUAGGAGAUUAUAUUUCUGGGUAUUAGCGUUGGGUUGAUUAAAUGCCAAUGGUUUAUCUAUACAUUUUAGUUUAUAUGUGUUGUCCACGACUUAAAAAUUACAUUUACUUAUUUAUAAUCAAUAAAUAAACUUCCAUACAUACAAUCAUUUAAGUUAUAAAAUCAUUCAGUAAAUAUCAUUUUGGAAAUAUUCAGGAACUAAAUGAAAAGGCAUAUCUGCAAGUUAAUUGGAACUUCAGACAUACUACCUACUUCUGGCACUUAAAUGCUUUUGUAACCUACUUCCUAUUACAUACAUAGGUACACCUACUUUGAUUACCGUCAGCAAGUGGUCACACAAUUUUUAUAAAUAAAAAAUAUAUUUUUGAAACAGUUUUCUUUACAUUGCAGUUUUAUAAACAUUGUUGUUUUUUAACAAAUAAAUCACCAUUUUUUUGUUAUGUACUACAUAAAUAUAGACAUAAUAUACAUUUUAUAUAUCGUAUUCAAUAAGGUAAUUCUAAACAAUAACAUUGUAUGCAAUAUUAGUGCAUCUACAUAAUUAUGAAUAGUGUGAAAGUAUCGUAACAAUGUACAUGAAAUAGAUUUUCUGAAGAAACGCUAGAUAAACUUUGAAUGUUGUUACAGAAUUGAAUGAUAAAUAAUAUUGAACGCACGUGUCUUAGAUAUUAUAGAAUUUUAUAAAUAGAUAUACAAUAGUUAUAAUAUAUGAUAAAUUAAACAGCAAAUCACGAAUGGAGCGAAUAGAUUAUCUCUUUUGAAAACUAUUUAUAUACAUCACUGGACAAAAAUAUUUGUAUGAAUGCUCUAUAUCUUGAAAAGAUCUAUUAAGUAUUCUAUUGAGUCUAGUUUAAAAAAAAAUGACUUAAAUAUCUACUUCGGCAGUUAUAAUUGCUUCAUUGAAUAGAUGCACGAGUAUAAAAUAAACGCAAUGUCAUUAUCUCGUAACGAAAACAUAGAUACAUUUAUUUAUAAUAUUCGUUAAAGUAUUUUAUAAUCUUUUUUUUUUAUAAACUCAUGAGUACCUACUAAUUUUGAUUUUACUAGUUUUGUUAUAGAGGAUACUUUAUUUGCCUACUACGAGUAUAUACUUAUUUAUUUUAAAUGAAGAUUUGGUUCUACACCUACUAGUGGUAUAGUUCCAUUGGCCUGAAUACAAUAACUACUUAUUUUUUUUCUACCAGAUGUCUUGUCGUCUAUCCUGAUGUUAUCUCUGUUCCAAAAGAUUUUUUGCAUCCCAUUAGUUUCUGUGUUGGUAAGAAAGUUUCUUAAUUGAGGAACCGUUUAUGCCAUAACACUUGGAACAGUCAACAAGAAACGGAGUAUACCAAAUUAUUGGUCAUACUCCUUCUUCCACAAUUAGCAAGCCUGUUUUUGUUUUAUUAAAGAUAUUUAUAUUUAUAACCUAUUUUAACAUAGUGAUCGUGGCUCUAAUUAUGAAUAAUUAAAAUAUUUGAAGCUUUGUAAACAAAGUCAAAGAAUUAAUGUGUUUUUUUUUCGUUUCACACGACUAUUUUAACAAAUAUAUUGGUACCUACACCUUUUGCAAGGCACAUUUAUGUAACUGAAACUUAUUAACUUUGAAAUAAUGAACACUGCUUAUAAUAAUGCUCACUGUCAUCCUUCCUACCGUAUCCAAUUAACCGUUAAAUAUUUAGAAUUAUGAAAUUAGCGUUUAUUCAUGAAAAGGAUACUUAAACCUUUUUUAGGUAUAGUAGAAUGUUUUGUAAUAUUACUUAAAUUCAUGUAAUUCGAAAAUUUGGACGAACCUUUUUAAUUUCUAUCGUAAAUGGGUUUUCGUUUUGUACGAAUAUCGCAGUAUAUAUACCUACCUAUGCUACAUUAAGUUGGUGUACUAAACGUUAUUACUCUAUCUUAAAAUAUUACCAAAAGUUCUUCACACUAUUUUAUUCUUAAUUCACAUAAAUAAUUUCCACAACUCUCCAUCAUUCAUUGACGAAUAAUUGUAAUAAACUAGUAUAUAGUGUUACUAUCUGUAUUGCUCACUCCUAUCCUAAG